AGAGUGCGUGGUCCCCUCGGGGCGAAGGUUACCAUGAGCGGGGCCCAGCUCCUCCUCCUCCUCCUCCUCCAGGUGAUGGUGUUCCAGAGUUCACAGCAGGCAAUUGACUCUCAAGUGAGGCUGAGUGACGGCCCGACCCCGUGCUCUGGGAGAGUGGAGGUUUACCACUCGGGAGAGUGGGGCACCGUGUGUGAUGACAGCUGGGGCAUUAAAGAUGCCAGGGUGGUGUGUCGCCAACUCGGGUGUGGCCCUGCCAUCUCGGCGCUCAGGGGUGGGUCUUACCCAGUUGGCACUGGAAAGAUCUGGAUGGACGAAGUCCAAUGUCAGGGUACAGAGCUCCAACUGUCCACCUGCUCAUUUCAAGGUUGGAAUAAACACAACUGCAACCACAACGAAGACGCUGGAGUGACCUGUCAACAAGGAGUGAGGCUGAGUGACGGCCCGACCCCGUGCUCUGGGAGAGUGGAGGUUUACCACUCGGGAGAGUGGGGCACCGUGUGUGAUGACAGCUGGGGCAUUAAAGAUGCCAGGGUGGUGUGUCGCCAACUCGGGUGUGGCCCUGCCAUCUCGGCGCUCAGGGGUGGGUCUUACCCAGUUGGCACUGGAAAGAUCUGGAUGGAUGAAGUCUGGUGUCGGGGUACGGAGCUCCAACUGUCCACCUGCUCAUUUCAAGGUUGGAAUAAACACAACUGCAACCACAACGAAGACGCUGGAGUGACCUGUCAACAAGGAGAGCCACCAGCCCGGCCAGAGAUUACAGCCGCUCCCUCAUACCCGGCGUAUCUGGUGGGAGAAAAUGUCACCCUGACGUGUGUAAUCCCAAACCGUUACACUCCCGCUCACAUCCAGUUUCUGAAAGACUCUGCCCUCGUCACCAACAGCACUGGGAACCAGUGGCGAUUCACCCACAAUGUCCUCCAUCUCACCUCCGUCGAAGUGGGGAACUACACUUGUUCCUACCAGACCCUGAAGUUUGGACGAUCGCUCUCAUCAGCCCCCAGUCUCCCAGUGAAAAUCGCCCUCACUCAGCCCCGUGUCAGGCUGGUGAAUGGCAGCGACUCGUGUUCGGGGAGAGUGGAGGUGCAGUACAACGGAGAGUGGGGGACAGUGUGCGACCGUUCCUGGGACAUCUCGGAAGCCAGUGUGGUGUGCCGCCAGCUGGGGUGUGGGUCAGCCGUGGCUGCACUUCCCGGGGCUGGGUUCGGACAUGGGUCAGGAAUGGUCUGGAUGGACGAGGUGUCCUGCGGAGGGACAGAGCCGAGCCUCUGGGCGUGUCCAUUCAGUGGAUGGGGCCGGGGCAAUUGUGGGCACCAGGAAGAUGCCAGUGUGGUCUGUAACCCCAGCUCCCUGCUCCGACCCUUCAUCACAAUCACACCGGACAGCCCCCUCCACGUGUCUGGGAUCCCCCUGGCAAUCCAGUGCCUGGCUCCGACAGGGUACCUUGGGGGCCGCUUCCGCAUCCUGAGGGGUACGUCUGUGGCCAAGGAACACCGGCUGGACCCUGGGAGAAACGGAGCUGUUUUCCUGUACCGUAACGUGAGCACCAGCAUCGGGGGGAGCUACAGCUGCCUGUACCAGAGGCUGGUCGCUGGCUUCUGGGUCACCUUCCGGGCCAGCCCCUCCAUUUCCAUCCGGGUCAUAGAACAAUCGGCCCGGCCGGAGAUUACAGCCGCUCCCUCAUACCAGGCGUAUCUGGUGGGAGAAAACGUCACCCUGACGUGUGUAAUCCCAAACCGUUACACACCCGCUCACAUCCAGUUUCUGAAAGACUCUGCCCUCAUCACCAACAGCACUGGGAACCAGCGGCGUUUCACCCACAAUGUUCUCCACCUCACCUCCAUCGACGUGGGGAACUACACGUGUUCCUACCAGACCCUGAAGUUUGGACGGUUGCUCUCGUCAGCCCCCAGUCUCCCAGUGAAAAUCGCCCUCACUCAGCCCCGUGUCAGGCUGGUGAAUGGCAGCGACUGGUGUUCGGGGAGAGUGGAGGUGCAGUACAACGGAGAGUGGGGGACAGUGUGCGACCGUUCCUGGGACAUCUCGGAAGCCAGGGUGGUGUGCCGCCAGCUGGGGUGUGGGUCAGCCGUGGCUGCACUUCCCGGGGCUGGGUUCGGACAUGGGUCAGGAACGGUCUGGAUGGACGAAGUGUCCUGCGGAGGGACAGAGCCGAGCCUCUGGGCGUGUCCAUUCAGUGGAUGGGGCCGGGGCAAUUGUGGGCACCAGGAAGAUGCCAGUGUGGUCUGUAACCCCAGCUCCCUGCUCCGACCUUUCAUCACAAUCACACCGAACAGCCCCCUCCACGUGUCUGGGAUCCCCCUGGCAAUCCAGUGCCUGGCUCCAACGGGGUACCUUGGGGGCCGCUUCCGCAUCCUGAGGGGUACGUCUGUGGCCAAGGAGCACCGGCUGGACUCCGGGAGAAACGGAGCUGUUUUCCUGUUCCGUAACGUGAGCACCAGCAACAGGGGGAGCUACAGCUGCCUGUACCAGAGGCUGGUCGCUGGCUUCUGGGUCACCUUCCGGGCCAGCCCCUCCAUUCCCAUCCGGGUCAUAGAGCCACCGGUCCGGCCAGAGAUUACGGCCGCUCCCUCAUACCCGGCGUAUCUGGUGGGAGAAAACAUCACCCUGACGUGUGUAAUCCCAAACCGUUACACACCCGCUCACAUCCAGUUUCUGAAAGACUCUGCCCUCGUCACUAACAGCACUGGGAACCAACGGCGAUUCACCCACAAUGUCCUCCACCUCACCUCCGUUGACGUGGGGAACUACACAUGUUCCUACCAGACCCUGGAGUAUGGACAAUUGUUCUCAUCAGCCCCCAGUCUCCCAGUGAAAAUCGCCCUCACUCAGCCCCGUGUCAGGCUGGUGAAUGGCAGCGACUCGUGUUCGGGGAGAGUGGAGGUGCAGUACAAUGGAGAGUGGGGGACAGUGUGCGACCGUUCCUGGAACAUCUCGGAAGCCAGUGUGGUGUGUCGCCAGCUGGGGUGUGGGUCAGCCGUGGCUGCACUUCCCGGGGCUGGGUUCGGACAUGGGUCAGGAAUGGUCUGGAUGGACGAGGUGUCCUGCGGAGGGACAGAGCCGAGCCUCUGGGCGUGUCCAUUCAGUGGAUGGGGCCGGGGCAAUUGUGGGCACCAGGAAGAUGCCAGUGUGGUCUGUAACCCCAGCUCCCUGCUCCGACCCUUCAUCACAAUCACACCGAACAGCCCCCUCCACACGUCUGGGAUCCCCCUGGCAAUCCAGUGCCUGGCUCCGAAGGGAUACCGUGGGGGCCGCUUCCGCAUCCUGAGGGGUACGUCUGUGGCCAAGGAGCACCGGCUGGACUCCGGUAGAAACGGAGCUGUUUUCCUGUACCGUAACGUGAGCACCAGCAACAGGGGGAGCUACAGCUGCCUGUACCAGAGGCUGGUCGCUGGCUUCUGGGUCACCUUCCGGGCCAGCCCCUCCAUUCCCAUCCGGGUUGUAGAUACACCGGCCCGGCCGGAGAUUACAGCCGCUCCCUCGCACCCGGCCUAUCUGGUGGGAGAAAAUGUCACCCUGACGUGUGUAAUCCCAAACCGUUACACACCCGCUCACAUCCAGUUUCUGAAAGACUCUGCCCUCGUCACCAACAGCACUGGGAACCAACGGCGAUUCACCCACAAUGUCCUCCACCUCACCUCCGUCGAUGUGGGGAACUACACGUGUUCUUACCAGACCCUGGAGUAUGGACAGUUGUUCUCAUCAGCCCCCAGCCUCCCAGUGAAAAUCGCCCUCACUCAGCCCCGUGUCAGGCUGGUGAAUGGCAGCGACUCGUGUUCGGGGAGAGUGGAGGUGCAGUACAACGGAGAGUGGGGGACAGUGUGCGACCGUUCCUGGAACAUCUCGGAAGCCAGGGUGGUGUGCCGCCAGCUGGGGUGUGGGUCAGCUGUGGCUGCACUUCCCGGGGCUGGGUUCGGACAUGGGUCAGGAACGGUCUGGAUGGACGAGGUGUCCUGCGGAGGGACAGAGCCGAGCCUCUGGUCGUGUCCAUUCAGUGGAUGGGGCCGGGGCAACUGUGGGCACCAGGAAGAUGCCAGUGUGGUCUGUAACCCCAGCUUCCUGCUCCGACCCUUCAUCACAAUCACACCGGACAGCCCCCUCCACGUGUCUGGGAUCCCCCUGGCAAUCCAGUGCCUGGCUCCGAAGGGGUACCGUGGGGGCCGCUUCCGUAUCCUGAGGGGUACGUCUGUGGCCAAGGAGCACCAGCUGGACCCCGGGAGAAACGGAGCUAUUUUCCUGUACCGUAACGUGAGCACCAGCAUCGGGGGGAGCUACAGCUGCCUGUACCAGAGGCUGGUCGCUGGCUUCUGGGUCACCUUCCGGGCCAGCCCCUCCAUUCCCAUCCGGGUCGUAGAUCCUCCAACAGAGCCCAGCAUCUCUCUGAGCCCUGCGUUCCCUGUCUAUCUGGUGGGAGAGAUGGUCACCAUUGAGUGCGCUCUUCCUAACGGCAAGUCCCCGGCUCGAUUCCGGCUACAAAAGGACUCAAUCUCCAUCGUGGAUGACACCACCAGUCGACAGUCCCUCAGACACACGAUUCAGAACCUGACCAGCAGCAGCCAAGGACUCUACACGUGUUCCUACAAGACCAUGGUGUCUGGUCUCUGGGUCACUUCAUCUCCAAGUCAGUCUGUCCCCAUCGUUCUGACAGAUCCUCCAACAGAGCCCAGCAUCUCUCUGAGUCCCGUGUUCCCUGUCUAUCUGGAGGGAGAGACAGUCACCAUUGAGUGCGUUCUUCCCAACGGCAUCUCCCCUGCUCGAGUCUGUUUGCGAAAGGACAUGAUCUCCAUCGUAGAGGACACCACCAGCCAACGGUCCCUCAGACAUACAAUUCAGAACCUGACCAACAGCAGCCAAGGACUCUACACGUGUUCCUACAAGACCAUGGUGUCUGGUCGCUGGGUCACUUCAUCUCCCAGUCAGUCUGUCCCCAUCGUUCUGACAAAUCCACCAACAGAGCCCAGCAUCUCUCUGAGCCCUGUGUUCCCUGUCUAUCUGGAGGGAGAGACAGUCACCAUUGAGUGCGUUCUUCCCAAAGGAAUUGCCCCGGCUCGAUUCCGGUUGCGAAAGGGCUCGACCUCCAUCGUGGAGGACAACACCAGCCAACAGUCCCUUAGACACACCAUUCAGAACCUGAUCAGCAGCAGCCAGGGACUCUACAUGUGUUCCUACAAGACCAUGGUGUCUGGUCGCUGGGUCACUUCAUCUCCCAGUCGGUCUGUCCCCAUCGUUCUGACAGAUCCACCAACAGAGCCCAGCAUCUCUCUGAGUCCCGUGUUCCCUGUCUAUCUGGAGGGAGAGACAGUCACCAUUGAGUGCGUUCUUCCCAACGGCAUCUCCCCGGCUCAAGUCUGUUUGCGAAAGGACUCGAUCUCCAUUGUGGAGGACACCACCAGCCAACAGUCCCUCAGACACACCAUUCAGAGCCUGACUAACAGCUGCCAGGGGCUCUACACGUGUUCCUACAAGACCAUGGUGUCUGGUCGCUGGGUCACUUCAUCUUCCAGUCGGUCCGUCUCCAUCGUUCUGACAGGGUUAACUCUGUCCGUGACUGUCUCCCUGGACCAUCAGACCGGCCUGUACCUGACAGGGAGUGCAGCGACCGUGAGCUGCUCCAAUCCCAGUCAGUCCAAGCUCCAAUCGGUCAUGUUUUACAAAGACGGAGAGCUCUUACAUUCACUGGAGGCGCGCCCUGAUCAACAUGAGGCAUCCAUCUCCAUCGGAAAUCUCACCCGCGCAAACGGAGGGAGUUACACUUGCCAGUGUGAAAUGACCGUGUCUGGGAGACACCUAACAUCCAGUCUUAGUAACGCUGUGUCAAUAACCGUACAGGAGGCGGUGAAGCCGGUGAUAACUGGAGUGUCGGCGGUGGAUGAGCUUGGAGGGAACCUCUCGAUAACCUGCCUCAGCGAGGGGAGUCAGCCCAGUGAAGAGUUCUUUCUGCAGAGGGAUGGCGCCACUUCCUUGCCUCACUACUGGACGGUAUGGAAGGCAGAUGGUUCUGUUACCUUCAUCAUCACCGAUGUGAGCCAGGAUGAUGCAGGGAACUAUUCCUGUGGCUACAACCUGACGGUCAACGGGACAGUGUUGGCAUCCGUCUUCAGCGAAAGCAUGCAAGUGACCGUCAGCGAAUACAGGAAGCCAUCAGGGAGGCAUGCGGUCCCACGAUAUUACUAUGUCAUCGCUGUGGUAGCCUUGUUGGUAGCAGUUCUCACAAUUGUUCUUGUAAUCCGAGCUCGAAACAAGUCGAAGCAAGGUCAUUUCAGAUUGGAGGGACAUGCUGAAGAGUUUGAUAUUAUCAAUCCAGUCUACAGCACAGACAUUGGGUCUUAAGCGCUGGAAGAUCUCAGCUUGCGACAGCUUACCCUGCUUCUCCUGUCUGUUGGUCACUUGCCUGAGGAUGCAACCAUGAGAUUCAAUCCCACCUCUGCUGAGGUGGCUAUGUGAAUGCAGGACACCUGACUGAGCACUGCCUCCAGACGGGCGUGAGGUGGCAGCCCUUUCUCUGGUUGGUCUCCACCAGGGGGCGCAAUGCCCUCAACGGAGUGCCAAGGUUUGAAGGUUGAGGCAAAACUUGGGAGUUAACUAUUGGACAUCGGCAGCUGGUGUAUCCUCCGCUGAAACAACCCUCCCUCAGCGAUCAGAGCUAUGAGCGCUCGCCUCCCAUUCAUUAUGCAUGCCGUUUCCUCAUCAGUUUAAUCUUUCUCGUGAAUUUCUCAGUCAAGGGCAAGACAAUGAGCUGCUUGAAAUGUCGAUGUCAUUAAUCUAGAACCCAGCUCUUUAUCUCCCAGAGUCAGAGAUGUAAGCACUGAAACAGACCCUUUGGUCCAACUCAUCCAUGCUGACCAGAUAUCCUAAUUUAACCUGGUCUCAUUUAGAGUCAUAAAGAAAGAUAUACAGCACGGACAGUAUGGACUUACAGAUAUCCUAAAUUAAUCGAGAACAAUUUCCCAACAUUUGGCCCAUAUCCCUCUAAUUCUGGAUCAGUGGUGCUGGAAGAGCACA